GCGGCGUCUGAGAGUCAUGGCGGCGCGAUGUCGGCGGGUUUGGCUCCCGUGCCCGACCCCUUCGUGGAUCCGGGGGAACUCGGACAAGGCCGGAGCCUGCGCACGGCCCACGACGUGGGGGGCCCGCGGGCGCGCACCGGGGACGUGCUGCUGGCCGAGCCGGCGGACUUCGGGUCGCUGCUGCUGUCGCGGCCGGUGCUGGAGGGGCUGCGGGCGGCCGGCUUCGAGCGGCCCUCGCCGGUGCAGCUCAAGGCCAUCCCGCUGGGGCGCUGCGGCCUGGAUUUAAUCGUUCAGGCCAAGUCUGGCACCGGGAAAACCUGUGUGUUCUCCACCGUGGCUCUAGACUCGCUAAUUCUUGAAAACCUGGCCACCCAGAUCCUGAUCUUGGCUCCUACAAGAGAGAUUGCUGUGCAGAUCCAUUCUGUUAUCACAGCCAUUGGAAUCAAAAUGGAAGGUUUAGAAUGCCAUGUCUUUAUUGGGGGGACACCUUUAUCUCAAGACAAGACCAGACUUAAAAAGUGCCAUGUUGCUGUUGGUUCCCCUGGCAGAAUUAAACAGUUAAUAGAACUUGACUACUUGAACACAGCCAGUAUCCGUCUUUUUAUACUGGAUGAGGCAGAUAAACUUCUAGAAGAAGGGAGCUUCCAGGAACAAAUAAAUUGGAUUUAUUCCUCUCUGCCUGCCAACAAACAGAUGCUGGCAGUAUCAGCUACCUACCCUGAAUUCUUGGCCAGUGCUUUGACGAGGUACAUGAGAGACCCCACAUUUGUGAGGCUGAAUUCCAGUGACCCAAGUCUUAUUGGGCUGAAGCAGUAUUACAAAGUGGUAAAUUCACAUCCCUUGCCUCAUAAAAUUUUUGAGGAAAAGACCCAACACUUGCAAGAAUUAUUCAGUAGAAUUCCAUUUAAUCAAGCUUUGGUCUUCUCUAAUUUACAUAGCAGAGCCCAGCAUUUGGCUGAUAUCUUGUCAUCCAAGGGCUUUCCUGCUGAGUGCAUUUCAGGUAGCAUGAAUCAAAACCAGCGUCUUGAUGCUAUGGCCAAGCUGAAGCAGUUCCAUUGCAGAGUCCUCAUUUCAACAGAUUUGACUUCACGUGGGAUUGAUGCUGAGAAGGUGAAUCUGGUUGUAAAUUUGGAUGUGCCAUUGGACUGGGAAACAUACAUGCAUCGGAUUGGCAGAGCUGGACGUUUUGGUACUUUGGGGCUAGCUGUGACCUAUUGUUGCCGGGGAGAGGAAGAAAAUAUGAUGAUGACAAUUGCUCAGAAAUGUAAUCUUAACCUCCUCUCUUUGCCAGAUCCAAUUCCUCCUGGACUGAUGGAAGAAUGUUUGGAUUGGGAUGUUGAGGUCAAAGCGGCCGAGCCUACGGUUGACUCAGUUAAUGUACCCAUCCAACCCCCUAAAACAAUUCAGAAACCAGAUCGGAUCAUUCAGGCACAGAAAGCUCAGAACAGCCAUGUGGCUCUAUCUCAGACAGCUUCAGGUCCUGCAGGGAUGGUCAAAUCAAAGAAAGCUACCAAGCAAAAACACCCAGGAAAAAGCCAUUCAGAGUAUGGAACCAAAGAAAAAGUGGAGCUCUCCAGGGGGGUGGGCUGUCCCACACAAUUGAAAGAACCAGUCGAGAACUACGUUCAGACCCCUGUUGAAAGUUCCAGCAUCUUUCAGAACCAGACCAGAGAAGCUUCACUUGCCACACUUCCCAAAAUCCCUUGUCUGUCUUCCUUUAAGACCCAGCAACCCUGUGUAGUGACUUACUCGGAAUUGGUGGAGGAUUACGAACAUUACAUUAAAGAGGGACUAGAGAGGCAUGUAGAAAUUAUCAGGCACUAUACUGGUCCUGGGGAGCAGGCCCUGCAGCCCCAAAACGGUCUAUUGAAAUGGAGACAAACUCAAGAGAGCCCCCGGGCUUUGGUGAGCAGCGGCCGCUCGGAAGAUUCGGCUAGUGACAGUGAUUCUGGCUGCUCAAGAGCAUCGUCCCAGAGCAAAGGCAACAAGUCGUGUUUAGAAGGCUCUUCUGACAACCAGGUGAGAGAAGGUGAACUAGCCUGCAUGGCAGGCCUUGCUUCUCCUAAUCAGCCCUUGAAUAGAAGUGAAACCCGGAGUGUGGAGGAAAGCCACGAUGUCCCUCACAUCUCGACGAAAGCCCUGGGGAGGGAGGAAGGAGCUAACCAGACCUCUAAGCGCAGCAGGAGAAGUGUUCCCAAGCGGGUGCCCCACCAGCUGCAGCGGGAGCCUCACGAGGAGAGUUGGCGCGGUCAUGCUGGGGAGCAGCCUCCAGUUUUCCCCCCCAAUCCUCAGAGUUAUGAGGAUUACUGGAGAUCCUGCUACUGGGCAUGGCAGGAGUAUUAUGCAGCAGCCUCUCAGUCCUAUAGCUGGAAUGCCAGGAGACACUCCGAUUGGAUGGCAGCCUAUCACAUGAACACCAUCUAUCUUCAGGAGUUAAUGCGGGGCGGUGACCUGUGAAACCUUGAGUAAUAGCAGCUCCUUGGUGCCUUGGAGGGGACUGUCCUUUGGGGUGGACUGUAAUGGCAUUUUUGAGGAACUUUAAAAAGCUUGAGGUUUUAUGAACCUUUUAUUCUUCAGGUUGGUUUGUAUCAGGUGAGGUGCUGUUUCCUCUUUCUCUUUUGGAAAAAUUCACAGAUUUGGGCUCUGAAAAAGAGAACUUUGGGUACAGAGUCUUAGUGCAUCAUUUUCUUAACCAUUCUUUCACUGUCUCCCUUAAAAAUAAACUAAACAUAGUACCAUACCACUCCUUAUUUAAAACACUCCUAAAAUACCACCACCUGCUCCCAAGGAAACAUCCAACUGAGAUGUAAAUAUUAUGAAGGACUUCGUGUAAAAAAAGAAAUUAUUUCUGAUCAUGCUGGAUUUUCAUAGCUGUAAUGUGAAAAUAUACUAUUUUUAGCAUUUUU